AUGGAUGUCGAAGAUAAAUUAAUAACUAAUACUGGAAUACUUCAAUAUGAAAAUGAAAUUAUUUUACAGUUAUAUCAUGAAGAUGGAUUGCUUCUAUUAGCUAGAGGUCUUGGUUUGGAACGAAUAUUUUGUGAAAUAAUGAAACUAUAUUGUGCUGAACAUAAUCUUGUUUUUAUAUUGGGUUGUACUGAUGUUGAACAAACAUAUUUUAUUGAACAACUUAUCAAUGAUGGUAUCGAUCCCACACCACGUAUUAUAACUGCAGAUAUAUCAAUUCAUGAUCGAAAAGAACUUUACAUUCAAGGUGGACUUUUCUUUGUUACUGCACGAAUUUUAACAGUUGAUUUAUUAACUGAUCGUAUUCCAAUUGAUUUAAUAACUGGUUUAUUAGUUUAUCGUGCUCAUCGAAUAACCGAUUCAUCACCGGAAUCAUUUAUAGUUCGUUUAUAUCGUCAUAAAAAUAAAACGGGUUUUAUAAAAGGUUUUAGUGAUUCAGCAUUAGAUUUUACUCGUGGUUAUAAUCAAUUAGAAUGUGUUAUGAAAAAUUUAUUUCUUCGUAAUGUUUAUUUAUAUCCAAGAUUUCACGUCACAAUUCGUUCAACAUUUGAACAUUGUUCACCUGAUGUUAUUGAAUUACAAGUAUCAUUAACGUUACUAAUGACAGAUAUUCAAGUAUCACUAAUGGAAUUAAUAAAUGCAUGUUUACAAGAACUUCGUUCAUCAACAGCAUGGAUUGAUAAUGAUAUAUUAACUGUUGAUCAAGCUAUAUUAAAUUCUUUUGAACGUUUAAUACAUUUACAAUUGCAACCAAUAUGGAAUCAAGUUAGUAUAAGAACAAAACAAUUAUUAAAUGAUAUAAAAACUUUACGAUUAUUUGUUCUUUAUUUAACACAAUAUGAUUGUGUAACAUUUUAUAAUGCUGUACAAGCUGUUUUUAUUAAUGAAAAAUUAUAUGGUUCACGUGGAAAAAAUAUUCAUUCAUCACAAGGAUCAACAGGUAGUUGGCUUUAUUUACCAGCUGCUGAAAGAUUAUUAAUGAAUAAUACUAAUCAACAAUCGACAGUGACUAUAUCAGCACCUCCGACGGUUUCAUCAUCAACAGCAAGUGCAGCACAACGUGCUUAUGCUGCAUAUAGCAAUCGAACAUCAAUAUCAUAA